AUGGAGCUCACCGCGGUGCGCAUCCGAGGCAAACGAAAAGCGCGGUCCGAUCCACCGCCAGAUGCACCCACAGCCAAGAAGCGUCGCCCAGGCCGACCGCGCACCCGUCCGUUGUCUCCGGUUCGCGCGUGGAAGCCGAAAUACGUCAAGCUACAGCAACAAUGGCACCCAGAUAGGGAGAUACUACCUCCAGGCAAAGAGAUCCCCGCCAGGCCAGUCACUAAGUGGGACCUACCACUUCCAUGGCCUGAGCACUUCCAAGCUUCGGCCUCGCAAUCGCAGACGCAGACGCAGACAGAGACCCAGCUGUCGACUCUACCUGACGGCACCCAAACGCCCUUGAUAAAGAAGAAGAAGCGGAGGUCCUCAUACUGGAGGAAGUUAUCGCCGUUGGAGCGCUUGCCAGCUGAGGUGCUGCAGCAGAUUUUCCUCGAGAGCAUGAACAUGAGCCUUCCCAUCGCAAGCAUCGAACUGCUCCACAAGCUGAACAGCGACCACAUCAAGCUCGAGUUCUCGCUGCGCGCUCUCUAUUGGCCGGACGAUGAGGAGCGGACAGAGAGUGCCGACCUUCCGGAAAUGCAGGGCAAGCUGCUCUCGCUGCGCUUUUUCGAUUGGGAUUUCUACAAGCAAUAUGCCGCCAAAGCAUGUGAGAAGUUCGGCGCGUGGCCGUGGCUGCAAGAGCAGGAGCCCGAAGCUACUCUGGAAGAACUGGUGCGGCGCGACUCCGACUUCGACGUGUUGGACCGCUUCAACCUUGGAUGUGAGCUUGCCGAGGAGAUCCCUCCCUUCCUGAAGUUGCACGAGAAAACACCGCUGCCGGCAAAGCUUCUCAAGGGUCCAUGGGACUAUGAGAAACACCUGAUGCUUCGAUUUCUCUUCAUUCAGAACCUUGGCAUCGAUCACGACAGCUCGACUUCGUCCGAAACUCUCAUCGAGGGUCUUAUGGGCGUCGCCAGGGACAAGGAGUCGGAGAACGUUGAAAUUGCGAAAUGGCUUAUCUGUAUUGCUAUUGCUUCGGAUACUCAGAUACCUCAGAGCCUGCUCCGGCGCGCGGUCAUUGAUGGUGGCUGCAAUGAGGACUUGGUGGAGAGCAUGCUCACUUGGAGCUUGCGCAGCGAGAUCGAGUACUUUGAUCCGAUGCUAUGGAACUGGGCUGAGCGGGCCCGCGAUAAAAAGAAAGGCCGCUGGUUAAUGGAUCAAUUGAGGGCAGCUGCAAGUAACAAGGAAGAACUAGUGGCUGAAGCCCAGGCUGCAGCGGACGCAGAGGAAUAG